UUGUGCGCGGUAGUUGGAGAUUUCGUGGAGAUUUUCAUCUUUUUAUUACAUUACAAGCUAGAUGCGAGAUCAGGAUAGGAUAUUCUGCUGACACUUUCACUGUCAAUUAAUUCUAUGGAUAGAUAUUCAACAUACGCUUCGACGUCAACCAGGAGACCAGAUGGAGUAGGUGGUCUGGCAUCGCCCUAUGGCAAAACUACAGGUAAACUCGGAGGGAUGGACGGCAGGAUGCCAGGAGAUGAUAUGUCCUUCAACGUGGAGUCUGUAUCCUCAUACCAGGACUACCCAACUGCCAGGCCGCUCCUGGGGGAUCAGAUCGCCAGGAGGAAGCACCCAGAACAGGUCCGAGCUGUCCCAGAAAGCAACAGCAGAGCGGUGGUGUCUGCAUUGAGGGGCUUGCAGGAAAAGAUCCGUAAGCUGGAGCUAGAGAGAGCCCAGGCAGAGACCAACCUGAAAUCCCUAUCCAAAGAAACCAGCCAGUACAGACAAACCUUACAGGAGCCUACAGCAACCAAGAGGAGAACGCAGAAGGAGACACAGACAGCUCGGGAUGUACAAGAGGUGCAGAGCCAAUUAUCUGGUGCCGACCAGCGCAUACCGCUGCUUGAGAAACAGCUGGAGUACAUGCGGAGGAUGGUGCAGAGCGCCGAGAGCGAUCGGCAGGCCGCACUGAGGAUGGCUGAGGCGCGGAGAACGCAGGACACCCUCGCCCAACGAGAGGAACUGCUGAGUCAAGAAGAGAAGCUGCGGAAGCUAGAGAGGGAGUACAACCGCUUGACAGAUAACCAAUCAGUUUCACAGAGUAAAAUCAGAGAUUUGGAAAACAGGCUCAAGGAAGAGAGAAGGCAAAGGAAAAUGCUCUUAGAUCGUGAAGCAGAGUUGAGGACUCUGGCAGAAACCAACCGCAUUCUACUCGCCACAGAACAGACCACGGAGGAGCGAAGACCCAGGAAAGUGAAGAAGAAGAGGAGAAAGGUUCCACAGCCAACGUCUCCCAGGCCUCAUUGCACGGGGCAGAUCCCAUUUGUUGUAGGCAAGUCAACAACUCCCAGUCACUCUGUGAAUGCCAAUCUCCAGAAUGUACUUGCCAUUCUUAAGACACACAACACAGCGUGGUGUGGCAACGGACCUCUCGCACCUCACCGACCUCAGAGUGCAAAGGUCAAAAGGUCAGCAUCGGUGUCGUCAUCUGCCGGCAGUGACCUAUCCGACCUCGUACUUGGACUCCAGGAAGAGUUUGCCCUCAUGGGACUAGAACACCAAGAUCUUGCUAAGCAGAUCCGCGAGACGGAAGACCCUCACAUCAGGGAGGAUCUAGAGAGGGAGCUUGAUAAUCUAGUCUUCAAGAUGGAGGCCAAGGGGGACCAGAUUGCUAAACUCAAGAAACAUAAAGAACAGCUUUCUGGAAAGCCAAAAAAGACAAAAGCCCCCAAGGCGCAGACGACCAAGCCAAGAUCAAUAGGAACAAGACAUUCAUCUGUCCCUUCCAAUUCAAAUGGAGCAGAGGUGCAGGUCAUCACCACGGUGAAGACCAAAGGUCGAGGGGCGGGGCCUAUCCAUGUGUCAAACGGCGAUUCCAAACGAAAUCUACAAAUGCUGCGGGAUAUGCAAGUGCUGCAGACAUCAUUACGCAAAGACGAUGUCAGCUGGGAUUAAAAAAGAGCAUGUCUCAAAUGUUGGGGAUUGAUUCAGAUAAACCUUAACUAUGGAAAGCCUGCAGUGUCCUAAUUUAUUGUGUAAAUGGCUUAUCUGUCAAGGGAAAGGCAUGUGCUCUGUCCCUUUUAUCUACACUAAAAAUAGCACUGUUUAAUUUGAUGACACAUGCACAAAACUUCAGAGUAUCGUGACCUAACAUGUGUAAGGUGAUGAAUUAUGAUACUGCUAGCUUUCCAUAGAUAAGAUUAAUUUCAAUUCGAUGACAUAUAUACAAAAUUCCUUUUAUAGAGCAUCAUGAUCUAAUGUGAGAUAAUGAAUUAUGGGGCUCAUGACUUUCCAUAGCUUUUGAGAUUAAAUUUAAUCUCAUGAUGCCUUUCAGAGCAAAGCAACAUGCCAUAACAUCCAGUGCUUAGAGUCCAGUGGUUAGAGCAUUGGACUCAGAAUCGCAAGGUUGUGAGUUUGAAUCCCCACUCUGCCAUCAUCUCCACUUUGAUAAAAAGACCUGAGAGUAAUAUCUGCCAUUUAUUAGGUCAGCCACUAUGACUGAUUAACCUAGACGUAAAAUGUUUCCUAGGUAAUUGGUUAUAUACCAGCUUGGCGUUUACCAGCAAAACGCUGACCUGCCAAGUUCCUACGGGAGUUACCAUAAACAGAAACAGAAACAUUUGUGAGUAUAAUGAAUUAUGUUGCUGUCAACUUUCCAUAGUUCAGAUUGAUUUCAAUGUGACACAUUCAUUAAGGGCAUCAUGCUCUUGCAUAUAAGACAAUGUAUUAUGGUGCCACUGGCUUAAUCUGAUUCAGUCAGCCUCUAUAAUGUUAGCAAAACAGCACCAUCAAGUUUUAAAUAAUUCCAAUGAAAUUCUAAAGGAUAUCACAGUGCUAUCGAUUCCUACAAGAAGUCUUGAACUUGCAAGAGUUGUG